CGCCAAUGGUUGCCCCCCACCUUCCCUCAUCGUCACAGAAAAAAGCUUGGAUGGUGCCCUUUGUCCUCUUUGCGGGAAAGAUAAAGCCAGUGGAGCCUAUCCUUACGUUUAGAACAAAUUAGCAAUUGUUUUGUAUUUUGAUUUUUCUUUGGUGUUUACUAGUCUGCUGCCUUGGGAAGCAGGAAAACAGUUUCGUGCAAAGAAGGGAAACAAAUGGAAGGCAGCUGCCAAAUGGAGAUCCCAAAAGUGGCGCUGGGUUCACAAGGACUGGAGGUUUCUAGAAUAGGCUUCGGAUGCGCUGGACUUUCUGGAAUAUAUAAUGAUCCUCUCUCGCAUGAGGCUGGAUGUUCAAUUAUAAAGGAAGCUUUUAGUAAAGGUGUCACCUUCUUCGAUACCUCGGACUUCUAUGGGGAAAAUCAUGACAAUGAGAUCAUGAUUGGCAAGGCUCUAAAGCAACUUCCACGAGCGAAGGUUCAGCUAGCUACAAAAUUUGGGGUCACCACAUCAAAAGACGGGCAAGUCGAGGUGAAGGGUACCCCAGAAUACGUAAGACAGUGUUGUGAAGCGAGUCUGGGACGACUGGACCUCGACUAUAUUGAUCUGUAUUAUCAGCAUCGGGUGGAUGUCUCAGUGCCAAUAGAGGACACUAUGGGAGAGCUAAAGAAGCUAGUGGAGGAGGGAAAGAUAAGGCAUAUCGGGUUAUCUGAAGCUAAUGCAGACACAAUAAGAAGAGCCCAUGCGGUUCAUCCCAUAACUGCAGUUCAAGUGGAGUACUCUUUGUGGACCCGUGACAUCGAAGAGGAUAUCAUUCCCCUCUGCCGGGAGUUGGGGAUCGGGAUAGUGGCAUAUAGCCCUGUUGGUCGUGGCUUCUUUGGUGGGAAGGGAAUUGUUGAGAGUCUUCCCAAGGACAGUUUGUUGGCUAUCUUUCCAAGGUUUACCAAAGAAAAUCUAGAGAAGAACAAAAAAAUAUAUGGUCGUCUAGCCGACUUAGCCGCAAAGUACAACUGCAGCCCCCCUCAGCUGGCCUUGGCAUGGCUCCUCCACCAAGAAGACAAGAUUGUCCCAAUCCCAGGGACAACCAAAGUUAAGAAUCUUCACAGUAACAUUGGGUCAUUGGCGCUGAAGCUGAGUGGAGAGGAUCUGAAAGAAAUAUCUGAUGCAGUUUCGGCGCAUGAAGUGGCUGGCGAUAGAGAUCCUGAUAUACUCAAGAGGUACUCCCGGGAGUAUUCAUCCACGCCAAGUCAAUCUUAAGUGAAGCUACAGAAAUGAGACCACCAAGGGUAGGGUUGUCGCUCUGGUGCUAACAGGCUUGGUUGCUUCCUCUGCGACCAAGAUUAGUAAAUCUCAUUAUCUGUUAGAUCUGAUUACACUCACUUGCAAGAACCAUAUAAUUAAUAAGUGCGUGUUGUGUCGUGCACUAGUACAAUCAAUUAAAUUCUGAUCUCCUCCUAUUUGAAUCCAUUAAUAAUCGAAUUCCUUUGGCGAUUUUUUCUUUUAA